ACGAAGUAUGUAAGCAUUUCGGCAAAACUCUGGAAGAUCUAAUCAGUGUGAAUUUUCCAAUUCCCAAUUCCCAAUUAUCAUCCAUCCCAUUACGCCAAGAUUUAUAUUUUAUGGAAAGUGACUUGAAUGAUAUGAAGGUUGAUCAGUUCAGCCCAAUCCAAAGCCCCAGUCCAGUCCAGAAUAGAUAGCUUCGGAUUCUGUUCUGAUUUCUGGUUCACCUCUUUCCAUCGCCGACUUCGUGUCAAUUGACAUAUAGGCGAUUUGCAGGUUGCGACAUGACAUGAUGCUACAGCCUCGGAUAUUCUCCCUCUCCACUCGGAGGGUGCUGACUGCCUGCCAAUGCUCUUCCAACUUACCCCUCCGAAGCUAUGCGACAUAUCGCGAAGCUGCACGUCCUCCUAAUCCAGUCAUUGAUCGUGUCCCUUCGAUCCCCAAGGGUGUCAGGGCCCCUCCAAGGCCAGCAAAGGAAUAUGUACCUUCCGUGUCCAAGUCGGAAAGGCAAUCCACUGUGAUCUUGCGUACCUAUAAGCCUAGAACGCCUGGUGUACGACAUCUGAAGCGACCUAUCAAUGAUCACUUAUGGAAAGGCCGGCCCUUCCUCCCAUUAACCCUCCCCAAAAAGGGUAUGGCGAAAGGAGGCCGCAACAAUAAUGGGCGCAUCACUGUCCGACACCGUGGUGGGGGUGCUAAACGAAGGCUUAGAACAGUGGACUUCCACCGAUGGAAUUCUGGCCCUCAUCUUGUUGAACGAAUCGAAUACGACCCAAACCGAAGCGCGCAUAUUGCGCUACUCACCGAGGAAGCCACCGGCCGCAAGACGUACAUCAUAGCCGCCGAGGGGAUGAGAGCUGGAGACGUACUUCAGAGCUAUCGUUCAGGGAUCCCUCAGGACCUUCUCGAUAGCAUGGGUGGAGUCAUCGACCCGGGUAUUCUAGCAGCCAAGACAGCCCAUCGUGGGAAUUGCUUACCACUGCAUCUUAUCCCUGUUGGCACGCCUGUGUUCAAUGUUGGUUCUCACCCUAAAGGGGGUGCCGUUUUCUGUCGAAGUGCCGGUACUUUCGCUGUCGUUGAAAGCAAGGACGAGGAGGUUGGAGCUGAUGGUAUCAGAAUUGUGACUGGUAAAUAUGUCACUGUCCGGCUACAGAGCGGAGAAGUCCGGAGAGUUAGCAAGGAUGCAUGCGCAACUGUUGGUGUCUCCAGUAACCCUCAUCAUCAUUACCGACAACUUGGUAAAGCCGGCAGGAGUAGAUGGCUGAAUAUCAGGCCUACAGUACGUGGUGUAGCAAUGAACAAAGUGGAUCACCCUCACGGUGGUGGUCGUGGUAAAUCAAAGGGAAAUAGGCACCCUACUAGUCCUUGGGGUACACCGUCGAAAGGUGGUUACAAGACACGGAGAAAGCACAAUCCCAACAAAUGGGUUGUGGUUCCUCGAGUACGAAAUAUGGGCAAACGGAGAGACAAGAACAGCAAGUGAUCGUGAUGAUACAGUUUGCCUCGAAACUGAACUUGUAUACUCUGUCUAUAUGUACAUCUUAGUUGGAGUCUCGGCGAGCAGAACGAGACUUUUAUAUCGAAUUGUACUAUAUGAAACUGAGCCCAAGAGCAACACUCUCGAUGUCUACUACCUACCUAGGUAAUGAUUGUUAUUAGCAUGGUGUAUCCAAUUACACUUGUAUUGCCUCAAUCCAGCCACCCGACCACCACUCCCCUUGGCUUUCUCGAAUACGCCACAUCUCGAAGAUUUCGGGUACAGUUAUGAAAAUCAAAUCUAACCCUGAAGCAUUUCAUUAAUUAUGACAAUAUGUGAUAUACGAAGUAGGCCCAAGCUUCCAGUGGAAAUCUUGUUUAAAAUGAAGGUGAGCAGAGCUUGAUUAACUAAGUCCAAG